AGUUUGCUGCGAGGAGCUGAGGAAAUGGGCCUGAGGAAGGCGGUGAAGCCCGAGUUUGGUGGUGGAACGCGAAGCUUCUCCUGUGAGGAGGACUACAUCUAUGAGAACAUCGAGAGCGAGCUGUGUUUCUUCACCUCGCAGGAGAGGCAGAGCAUCAUCAAAUACUGGCUGGACAAUCUACGUGCCAAACAGGGGGAGGUUCUUCAUAACAUCAGCUUCCUGGAAGGCCAGCCAAUCAUUUCAGAGUUAAAAGCAAGAGGUGUGAUCCAGCAGACGUUUCCUCUUCAUGAGCAGAGGAUCCUCGGUCAGCUCAUGAAGUCCUGGGUCCAGGCUGUCUGUGAGAAGCAGCCUUUAGACGAUAUCUGUGACUACUUCGGGGUGAAGAUUGCCAUGUAUUUUGCGUGGCUGGGCUUCUACACCACUUCUAUGUUAUACCCUGCUGUGAUCGGCUUUGUGCUCUGGAUGCUCACCGAGUCAGAUCAGACGAGCCGUGACAUCUGCUGUGUCGUGUUUGCACUGUUCAACGUGGUGUGGGCCACUCUUUUCCUUGAGCGCUGGAAGAGGAGGGGAGCCGAGCUGGCAUAUAAGUGGGGGACGCUGGACGCGCCUGCGGAGUCCCUGGAGGAGCCACGGCCUCAGUUUCGGGGAAUCAAGCGCUGCAGUCCAAUCACAGGACGAGAGGAGUUCUACUAUCCUCCAUGGAGAAGGCGCAUAUUUAGGUGGCUGGUCAGCCUGCCCAUCUGCAUCCUGUGUCUCUGCUUUGUCUUCCUGGUCAUGCUCAUCUGCUUUGAGCUGCAGGAGUUUGUGAUGGGGAUCAAGGAGAUGCCUCGGCUGGCUCGCUUCAUCCCCAAAAUCAUGCUCGCUAUCACUGUGACUGCAUGUGACGAGGUGUACAGGAAGAUCGCCUGCUGGCUCAAUGACAUGGGUGAGAGUGGAGCCACCAUCCUACAAAAACUACAGACUCCAGAGUGCCUAUGA